AUGCUGACAAAACUUCGUUCACGGACGCUGCAAAAUUCCUUACUUGUUGCAGAGCCGGGGCUUUUAAGAGCUUUGAGUAACCAGAACAUCCCCGGGGAAUUGGGCAAGCAACCAAUAAUGAACAAUUCAUCAUCGCCGUUAAGUUGGGUAAUUAGUAGUAUCCAACUGACAUCGAGUGACAUCGUCCAGCCAAACAAGGAUGAUAAUCGGGAGCUUUUUGUAGCUCUCAAAGGCUGCUUUGUCAAUUUUAGCAUUGCUUUGAAUAAUUUCUCCAUUUGCACUCCUGAGGAUGAAAAAGCAUCACUCGUCGUGGCACAAUCAACUGACGAUAUAACCCCCCUCAUUCGAAUCAUUCGUGAACAUCCAGCGAUAGCUCUUCAGCUAGUUAAGAAGGGAUUGCUUACUGCCUCGUAG